UAGCACGCGCACAACAUUGUUUACAAACAUCGGAUCUGAUCAGCUCAGCUCAUCAAAUCUAUGGACAGAACGUUUGUUUUUCCCAAGCUAGUGCUAGUCAAAUACUUUAUUAUAAUCAGUAAGCGAACUAAUAGUCUGCUUUGUGAUUCACUCUAUAUAUGAUACUAAACAAGGCACGGAAGCAAUGCUACUGAACUGCUUUGGGACAAAUAAUAAUUUACAUGUAGACACCUCCUCCGUGCGUUUACAGACAGUUGAGAUAUAAUAAGGUAGACUGCAUGCAAAUGUUUUUCUUAACCCUCUCCCUCUGUCAAUCAUCCAUCUCUUUCCCUGACUCCUAAACUAAACCAGCUCCACAGUAAGGAUCGAUAGACAGACUACUAGGCUAUAGAGCUUGCACAGGCCCCAUAUGGAAAAUAAUCAUGAAAAUCAAAUAAGAAUAUUGUAAAGCAGAAGAACAUUAUUUGUACAAACAUCUAAGAAGUAAUCUAACAAGGAUCUGGUAAAAUACUCUGGAGUGAUCAUGGAUCCACGGUCUGAGGGAUCCGACCCCCGGUCCGAGGGAACUGACUACGUUCCCAACAGUAUUCCCUAUGUUCCGGAGCACAGGUCUGAGCUGUGUGUGUCAGAGGCUCACAGCCAGCAGCUACUGGGCAUGCUCAGAUCGUUCAGAGAGCGAGGCCUACUGUUUGACUUCACAAUAACAGUCCAGGACCAGACCUUCCCCUGUCACCGCUGUGUCCUGGCAGCCUGCAGCGACUUCUUCAGGGCCAUGUUUGAGUUGGACAUGCGUGAGUGUGGUGAUAGGAUGGUAACCCUGGGUAACCAGUCCCCAGAAGCCGUGCGCUGCUUCCUGGACUUCUGUUACUCUGGAGAGAUGGUCGUCACCCACGAAAACGUAGACAUGCUGUUCCAGCUCGCCUCUUUCCUACAGGUGUCUGUGCUCUUCAGAGCAUGCAGUGACUUCCUGAUAGGAACCCUGGAGCUCUCCAACUGCCUGAUGCUAUUGGCCCUCGCCGAGGGAUAUGGCUCCGCUUCCCUCCUCCAGCAGGCCAAUGAGUUUGUAGUUCAGAACUUCCACGACCUCUCAAUGACUACAGACUUCCUGGAUAUGCCGUUGGGUGUGCUCGAGUUAUGUCUGGGUUCGGACAGUCUGAGCGUGCCCAGUGAGGAGGUGGCGGUGAGGUCAUCCCUGAGGUGGACAAGUCACGACCUCCAGACCAGACAGAGGCUGUUGCCACGGCUCCUAGCACUGCUACGGCUACAUCACGUACCCACACACACCCUGCAGGCCCUGGCCCGGACUGAGAAUCUCUUCUCAGGGGACCAACUCUGUGUUAGUCUGGUCAGUGAUGCAGUGAGUAGACAGACACAGCUCAGUGGUCUACUGCCAGACGCCAGACCAGCCACCACACAGUCUUACAUCUACAUCCACAAGACAGAGGAGAACGGAGAUAUACACCACAGCUUCUGUUACUGCCUGGACACAGACCAAUGGAGAGAGCUACCUCAGGGCCAGGGGGCGGGUUUUAGUAUGAUCCCUGACCCCUCAGGCUCUUCCCUCACCAGCUACGCCGAGAAGUUGUUUGUGACAGGUGGUUGUCGGGGCAACUGUUGUCGCACGGUGCGUCUUCACGUGGCAGAGCCGUUCCAUGAGGCGACAGCGGAGGUUUGGUGCUACUGCCCAGUCACACACACCUGCACCCCUGCCCCGGACAUGGGGAAACCCCGUACCAUGCACACAGCUAUCACCACCCUGGACAGACUGUAUGUGCUAGGAGGGAGGACCAGAGGAGAAAGGGAGGGGACUCCUAGCCUAAUGGAGGUGGAGUACUACGACCCCCUGGCCAAAACCUGGACCUCCGUCAGCCCUCUGCCCACUGCUAUCUACUACCCAGAAGCCAGUGCGUGCGGCAGCAUCAUCUACACAUUGGGUUCGUCAGUGGAGAUAUCGGACUCCUUCAACCCUUCGCUGGACUGUUUCCUGCGCUACGAUGCUGUUUCUGACCAGUGGAGCCACCUGGUGGCAGAGUUUGGUCAGUUUUUCCACGCCACCCUGGUCAAGGCUGUAUCCGUCAACAACAUUUUACACCUCUGUGACUUGUCUACGUAUAAGGUGUACAGUUUCUGUCCAGAGACAUGUGUGUGGCAAGGGGAGGGGUCGUUCGAGUGUGCCGGGUUCAACGCAGGCUCCGUGGGCGUGGCCAACCGAAUCUACAUCCUGGGAGGAGACUACUCACCUGAUGAGAUCACUGACGAAGUCCAAGUGUACCACAGUGGGCGGGGCCAGUGGGAGGAAGUGACACCAAUGCCACGCCCCCUGACAGAGUUUCACUGUCAGGUCAUCAGCUUCAACAGAUACAGAGACCCCUGGGGAGGAAGGGACAUGUAACACACACACACACUACCUGGGGACUAAAAGCUGCACUCCGCAUCAAUGAAAUAAAUUAUGUUUUGUCAUACUUCAAGUAUUUAUUAGUUUUAUUACAUUUUAUGUUAUAUAUUUAUUUAUAAACUGG